CAAAUGGUGGAAUUUAGAUAUUCAUCUAAUUGGUGUAUUAGAUUGUAUUUAUCACGACGUGUCUUUUACAUCGGAUGUUAUGUUUGGUGCCCAUGGGAAAGAUGUUGCCUGAAUAGGGGUGAACAUGUACAAUAAUAGGACAAGGUGAUGGUAGUUCAUCAAAUUCAUCAUUCGGCUCGCAUUAAGGAAUCAAAAGAGUUAUGCAUCAUCACAGUGAAAAGGCUCAAAUGCCACAUAUACAAAGUCAUUUUUUCAUUUGUCGUAUAUUUCGCAGCAGCAAGUCCAUCGACAAGCUGCACGCAUCCACUCCAUGAUUUUACUCUUCGACAGAAACCGCAUCGGCUCAACUGUAAACAACAACGCAAGAGGGCAAAAAACAUUGCCCCAGAAAAACAGAAGAAAAAAAAGGGAGGGAAAGGAAUAAAGAGUAUACAGUCUAUAUACAUGCAAAAAAAAAAAAAAAAAGGAAAUCAGCCACAUAAAAAAGCCUGCGCGCUGCCGCUACGCGUGAAGAUGAUUAAAAAAAGAAAAGUUAGAGAAAAUAAACACAUGAACGUAUCCCCUCCAAUAACCCCCCUUGCCUCCUCAACGCCGACUUGAAAAAAGAAAAUGAGAAGAAAGUAACGCCUCGAGAUGCAGAAGAGUCCAUCCUCCGUUUUUGUGAGAAAGAAUAGGCCACAUCUGCCUAAAGAUCAAAACGCCGGC